UCUUAAGUCCAAUUCUCUACGCUACGCUCGAAUCGAAACCUCCACAAACCCUAGCUCAAGCUUCCAUCGGCGGCGGCGGCUAGAGGAAAGAAGGAAGAUUCGAGGAUGAUCUACGACGUGAACUCCCCGCUCUUCCGCUCCUUCCUCAGCCAGAAGGGCGGCGCCUCCGACAAGAGGAAAAUUGAAGAGCAAAAGCCGAAGGAGCAGAGGCCCAAGGCCAGCGAGAACAAGCCUGUGAUGAAUGAAUAAACAGUCUUCUGAAGCAUCCGUUGUAGCUUGCAAAGAGCAGUUUUUAAUCAUGUAAUCCCAGUUGUCUGCGUACUGUUAGCUUAAAAUGGUCAUUUUCACGGUAUUUGAGAACUUAUUCCCUGCUACUAAGUGCCUUUGUUGGAAGCUCAUUGAUGCAUCAAAUGGUUUAAAUGUAUGGUUGUAGUCAAGUUAUACAAGUGGUUGUAUGUGAAGCAUUUCUUUUGAA